CGGUUGCCAUGACAACGAUCGAUACGAAACAACGCUUGUAAUUCUGCGAGACUGGAGGCCAGCGCGGCCAGCGUGGGUCGCUAGGACCGUUGGAUUUUGUAUUACGGAGUGAGCGCGUGCGGCGUGUGGGCCUUGGCGGUGCACGGAUCAUCGUGGCUCAAAGCAGUAGCACUUCUAUGUAAACGACUUCAGUCUCACCGUGGUUGUGCCCCCUUCCACGGGUGUUUUCAUAGGAAUGCCUAACGUCCUGAAUCCUUUCAUGUGAUUUAUCGAAGUUGUAUCUCUUUUAAUUUGGCAUCGCUCAAUAACAAUAUGCGUUGCGUGCUAUCGUGACUGGCAGAGCAAAGACAGUUUGAAGAUAGCCAUUUCACCCGGCAAAUAAAUGAUCAACGAUGGCCACACCAUCCAAUGAACAUAGGACAGAAAUGGGCCCAUGCGAGCAGCGCGGCUCUGGUGACAACGAGACCACCAACGAGGUCUCGCUGCCGUGCAUCGAGUCGGAGCGGAUCCUGAACGCGCUGGACGAGCUGCUGGUGAAGCUGCGCACGGUGCUGCGGCUGCCGCUGGUCUGGGCGCAGCUGGUGGAUGAGUGCGGCCACCACGUGGCCGAGCCGCUGGCGCACGCGGCCGCCGUCUACCUGCAGCUACGCCAGCAGUUCCACGAGGACGCCGAGCGGCUGCGCGCCAGCGUGCCGCCGCCCAGCUCCAGCCACAGCCUGGAGACGUUCGACGUGACGGAUACGGCGGCCGCCGAGCCGACCGAGACGGCCGUGCCGCUGGCGCCCAGUAACGGCCUGCUGGGCACGCCGGGCGCCGACCCGCGCUGUGUGGCCGCCCUGGCCGACACCAUCGAACAGCUGGCGGCGGCCAGCCGGCGGCUGGUGCGCCAGUGGCGACACCACGCCGCCUCCGCCGGCCUGGACGGGCCGCUGGCCGGCCCCGCCUCACCGCCGGCCCAGCAGUUCCUCCGGCAGAUGGCCUUUCUCCGCCGCCAGAUGUACCUGCGCCUGGUGACCACGCCCGACCAGGAGGCCAGUCGCACCGAGCGUCUGAGAGAGAUCUGGCGGCGCGACAACCACAACCGGCAGUUGCUGGACAUGCUGCAGACCCGGCUGGACGGCCUGCUGCAGCAGCGCGAUGACGACCGGCGAAUCAAGAACGCCGUCAUCGACAAACUGGAGGGCAACAUCGCCGGCGUCGAGCGCAAGUCCACUGAGGACGUCGCCAACGUCAUCGCUGAGGCCGAGGGAGACAUCACAGCAGCGCGUGCGGCCUACCAGAUGGAACGUGAGCGACUCAAGGUCAUCUACGAAAAGAACAUGGCCGGACUGCAGGAGCUGCGCGUCAGUAACAGAAAGGCCGAGGCCGCGCUCAAAAAACGGAAGUACAAAAUUGAGUCUGAGCUGGAAAACUGGUUGCAAAAAUACGAUGCCGAAAUGAUGGAGAAAACUGAAGAAAUCGAAGGCUUGCAGGCCGAGUUUGAAAAGGAGACCGCUGAGCGCGAAGAAUAUGACGCAAAAGUGGAAGCGAUAAGAGAUCGAUAUGAUUCGAUCAUUUUGAAGCGAGAACGGCGAGAGGAGCAGCGCAUCUUUGAAGAGCAGUUGGCCAUCAAGAAAGCCGCUGCAGCCCUGUACAUUCAGGCAUUUUGGCGUGGCUACCGCGUCAGAAAACGACUCAAGAAGGGAAAGAAAGGCAAGGGCAAGAAAGGCAAGAAGGGUGGUGGCAAGAAAGGUGGAAAAAGUCCUAAAGGAAAGAAAGGGAAGAAGAAGUGAUGCUGUCAAAGUAGCUCAAGCUCGGACUGUGGUUUGCAAUAUACGGAUGAGAGAUGA